AUGAUGGCGUCACUGUAUAUCGUGAGUGUAGCAGAAACAAUCGCCGAUUUGAUGGAAGAAAGUGGAUAUAACUUUUUGACUGAUUCUAAAAUUAACGAUAUCCGUCUCUUCGGCAUUGGUCAGCGAAUUCUGCCUGUUUAUCGUAAGCAGCCGAUGAAAAAGCCUCUAUUUGACGCGAUCAAUUCCGAAUCCUUUAGCAUCCGUGUUGGCAAAUAA